GAGAAGAAACGUACCACCUGCAAAUUUUCAUUUGCAGCUUAUUCUAGAAGGGGCAGACGCUGUCUUUAAUGGAAAAUCAUUAUGGUUUAGCACCAUCAUUGUGUAGUGGGGUGGCUCAGGAGAUGGUGUUAUAUUGUUUUCAUGAAAGUAUUGAUGCUCCCCAUCUGCUUCUUUUGAACAAGUGCCUCCUCCCUGAGUUUGGUGGUCUGCUUCUGGAGUGGUCAGUUCUUCUGCUGACAUGCCCACCCAGCUGGAGAUGGCCAUGGACACCAUGAUUAGAAUCUUCCACCGGUACUCUUGCAAGGAAGGGGACAGAUUCAAGCUCAACAAGGGGGAACUGAAGCUGCUUUUGCAGCGAGAGCUCACAGAAUUCCUCUCGUGCCAAAAGGAUCCCCAGUUGGUUGAUAAGAUAAUGCAGGACCUGGAUGCCAAUAAGGACAAUGAAGUGGAUUUUAAUGAAUUCGUGGUCAUGGUGGCAGCUCUGACAGUUGCCUGUAAUGAUUACUUUGUAGAACAACUGAAGAAGAAAGGAAAAUAAAGUAGUAAGCUAAACUAAAGGCAGAAAUACAUCCAAGGUUAUUUAGUUAUGGUUUAUGUAUAUCCUUCAGAUCUAUAGACACAGUGAUAUCACUUAUGGGUAUAAUAUACAUAUAAAAUUGCUAGUAAUAUUAAGUGUGUACUUUAAUAUACUGACUUUACAUAGAUAUUUCAAAACUUAUAUUCCCUACUUGAAAUGUUCCUAUAUUAUUUAAGAUGUUUUAUGUAUUUAUUUGUCUGUCAAAAAGAGAACAUAGGGCUGGGG